AUGAUAAAAUACAGCAAACCUGAGAAUUUCAAGCAGACGAGAAAUCGGCGUUUUAUGACACUCACGCCAUCUAUGGACAUGGCCGACGAUAUUGAGGAUUUGCUUCGUGAAGUGGAAGAGAAAUAUUUGCCACGCCCCUUUCAUUCGCAGCAGGUUAAACAUUCUAAACAACCAAUUCAGCCGACAACAAGUGCAAUUAGCUCAGAAACUCAUGGAGACAAAGACGAUCGAUCGGCCCCGAUAGCAGUCGGGGUAACCGGGGCAACCCGAACUACAACAAGGGCUCAUUCGUCUGACAUUGUCUGUCGUGAACUGGAAGAUGAACUUUCCGAUUUGCUGGAUGAAGCCGGUGGAAUGUCGGAUGCGGCCACUGUUGGAUUGCGUUGCAAACGCAGUCCUCGACGAAGUGCCAGUGCCAGGGAAUUGGUUGGUACAAAACCAAUCACCGGUGAUCGUCUGACUUCCACCGACAAACGUCACGACUUUGCUAGUAGUAACAAAAGCGGUGCAGCUGGAUUUUCAUUGGGAAACAAAGCAAUGCUGACGGGGAUCCGUUCCGCCCCGCCAUUCGUUCAUCAUCACAGCAACGUAGAAACGCGUACAACUCACGUUACCAUCGAUGCUGUCGUAGUUGAAAAACAAAAAUGUUUCCCCAUCUACGUGAGUGGCGUCAUUGACAGCAUAGACACCAGCCACACUGUUAGAGUAUGUACCAGUCUCCGAUGCACGGGCUGUGAUUUCCGAGUCAGCCAAUUUGCACAUUACCGAUGGAGACCUGGUACGGACUACCUUUUCUUGCGCAACCACAUGCCGGAAUUCGAUCGAGUGCGCGUCAAACUAGCCGCAGCCAAAUUUUGUCGCGCUUAUGCUUGCCAAUGCAAAUUCGUCACUGUUAAAGAUCUGGUUGAUUUGAACAAGCUCGGACACGAAUUUGCCUCCAAGUGGAUCUGCCUCGGACACUAA